AUCAAUUUACACAAGAAUAUAUUGAUAAUGCUAUUAUUAGAGGACAAGCACCAGGUUCUCCCGAUGUUUGUUCUACAAACUUACUUUAUCAAAUACCCAAAAACGGCCGUAUACCCUCUACACAUUCUUUUGAUAAUGAACUCACCGUACAUUCUUUCGAUAAUGAAUCUGCUACGCCCCCUUUCGAUAAUGAACCUUCCACGCCCCCUUCCGAUAAUGAACCUUCUACGCCUCCUUUCGAUAAUAAUUCUCGUUUAUUUUAUGGUGUAGAUAAUAAUCCGCAUUUGUUUUAUGGGGUAUCGCAGGAAGAACUAAAACUAAUUUCCAACUCUUUUAAUGAAGAUAAAAUAUCCGACGUAUUAGACACUCUCACAUCCACUUCAUUAUUGCCUUGCGCAUCUCAAAAUAUUCCAGGGCAUUUAUGUCACGAAGGAUAUUUAUGUUUUAAAUUUAGCACAUCGCGCAUAUUGGCAGAAUUUGACCUUUAUUUAAGUCAUCAAAUUAAACUGGAUAG